AUGGCGGGCAGGCCACCCGCUGGACGCUCUGUGCACCGCAUCAAACUCAUCCCUGGCUCAGCCCCAAGCUUCGUUCCAAGGUACAGACGAGCUCCACACCUUGAGGAGGAAAGUGAGCGGCAGGCAGACGAACUUCUGAAAAGGGGCAAGGUUCAGCCGUCGCCUAGCGUCUUUGGGCACAAUCCCGUGCUGGCGAAGAAAAAGGACGGUAGGUGGCGUAUGGGCAUCGACUUCAAGCCCCUCAACAAGAUUACAGCAAAGCAGAAGCUUCCGAUGCCCACGGUGGAGGAAAUCCUUGACCGCUUACAGGGUUCGGCGGUAUACUCAGCAGUUGAGUUCGUCCCCCCCAUUCACCCGGAGGACAGACACAAGACGGCGUUCCACACCCGCAGUCGCAAGCCGGAGUACACUUGCAUGCCCUUUCGCCUCGUUAAUGCACCUGCCAAACUGCAGGGGCCACAAUCGCCGAGGGAUGGAUGGUGA